AUGCCGCCUAAAACUAGACUCGAACAAGAAGAUUUUGAAAAAGCACUUCAAGCACUUAACACCGAUGAGGUCGCUUUGUUAGAUAGAGCUAUAGCAUCAGCAGACAUAUGGGGCCAUCUUUGUCUUUUAAUGGGUAAAGCAAACAACAAAAAAAAUCAACGUGCAUGCUUUGAUCUAUGGAAUCGCAAGCAAUAUCAAUUGCACCGUAUUGUGAAUAAUAUGUUGCAGGUAUGUGUUUCAAAAUAUUAAUUUAUAC